ACAAUACCUGAAGCGGAGGCAAUACUAUACUUAAUGCCAUGAUAGAGUGGAUUUGGCUGCUGUGCCUUGUUCUGGUUACUCCCACUAUCAAGGCUUCGGUGGAUUGGUGCGCCAGUGACCUGUGCAAUGGGCAACACGUGCUUUGCCAAAAUAAUGGGAAAUUUCGCUCACCUUGUCCGGAAUACGCCACAGCGAUGGUGAAAAUGAAAGGGGAUAUGAUUGCCCUCAUCCUGGACAAGCACAAUGAUUAUCGCAACAAGUUUGCCGGCGGAAUAGGUAAUCACGCGAAGGCAGCCAGAAUGGCCACCAUUCAGUGGGACUCGGAGCUGGCCAAAGUGGCUGAUGCUCUGGUACGUCGAUGUGAGCCCAUCAGAGAUCAGUGCGCCAAAACCCCGAAUAACCUUUUCGCAGAGGUGAGCUACUCCCUCGAAAAGUACUUCUGUAUGACCACGAAAAAGGACGCCCUGAGAAAACAGCUGGAUUACUGGUUCGAUCCGACGAGAAAAGAAGAAUCCCACAAGCUUUUCUUCUCUGACCAGGAAAAUGAACAGGAACUUUCGAUGAACUACUUCCAGGUGGUAAGGGACCGAGCAAAUCGCGUGGGCUGCGCCAUAGUUGAAUACAUUCGGCCGGCACUUGUCCAUCAAUUACUAAAAUGCGUUUACAAUUGCGGAGUAACUCUCUGCGAGGACAAUCAUAACCCAGUCUACGAGGCAACCGAAUACGAUGCGGCUGAAGAAUGUAUGCUGGGAUCGAAUUCGAAAUACAAAAACCUCUGCCACGAGGAUGAGCAAGUUAAAACCUGCGAGGGCGGAGACCUCCUCGUGGAGGAUGAAAAUGAGUCUUCCAUUGCAACAACUAUUAUUCCACUUCCCUCUUAUAACGUAAGCGAGCACCUGCCGUCAAUACCGGAUAACCCCAACCCGUUCGAAGAUCUGGAUAAGUCUGACGAAUUACCGGACAACCCCGAAAUAUCAUUCAGAACAAACAGAAGUCAUUCCCUCUUUGCCAAACAUGGAAAGCAUCUUGGCUAUAAGCACAGGCUAACUAAGUUAAUUCAAUCGGCACCGCACAACCCUUAUAAAGUAUAUAAAAGAAUCAAAUAACUUCCA